UCUACCUUUCGAGCUUUGAAGGGGCAGGGUCCUUUCACGCCAAACCCCGACACACCCCUUGUGUGAACGCCGGGAGUUUUCCAACUCACUGACGUAUCCACACUGCACCCAGGGCUCAUCAACUCAAAGACAGCGAUAUGACAGCAGAAGGGAUAAGAGGUUAAACGGAUACCAGAGGAGUGGGCAGAGGGGAGCUGGGGCAGGCACGAAGAGGAUCGGCGGGUGUCCUGACCGGAAGUGGGGAGUUGGAAAUACCUGGACAAGCUGGCAGUCCACGUGUUGGGUGGAGGGCCCACUGAACACACUCACCUGCCUAGGGUGGAGUAGCCCUUUCUUGUGUCGCAUCAGGUCAGCACGCGCUUCUGUGUUGUGUACUAAACUGACCCCACCCAUCAGAGGCCCCAUUCCUUUCCUCUUCCUCCUCCUACCUGGUCCUCUUCUACCUGGACUACACCUUUGCCUCAGGGGAGCCCUCCGUAAGGAAAGGGCAAAGGACACGCUGGUGACCAGGAUGUCUACGUGUUCAGAGUGCCAUUGUCUACCAUCUCAUGGCCACCAGGCAUACCCAUACCUGCCCGUGACCAACACUGAGUCCUGUGCCUGACCCUGGACAACCCAGAUUUUGUUCAGGCCACAGACCCUCUCUGUACAAUCAAGACGAAGAGAACAAUGUUCCUGGUGAGCCAAAGCUGGGCCAGACUUUACAGCUCUAUGGAACCAAGGGUGCACAUCAGGGCUCCUUCAGCAAGGCCAGAAAAGUGGACAAUCCUCCAAGCCGUCUCAAGGCAUCCCAGUGACUACUGGGUAUGGGCAGUAGGUGACAAGCAGGAAUUCUGGACAGUGGCUGUAGAAAUGUGAGCAAUGGCUGGGUGGCCCCAGAAUCUGAAGACCUGCCCCCACUUCCUCUCUGGGGCCAUGACCCAAGGAGUUGCUAAGGCCUCCUGGGAUCCUGGGAACCCCAUCUUUGAGCUCCGCCCCAAAGCCCCACCCCUCUCUAGGAGGGAAAAGGCACCUGCUGGUAGCUCUACUCACAGGCACUGGGACCAGGAGCUGGAGAACAGAAAGACAGACUGCUGCUGCUUGCUGCAGCCUGGGCCAUGGACCCCCAUGAGAUGGUUGUGAAGAAUCCAUACACCCACAUCAGCAUCCCUCGGGCUCACCUGCGGUCUGACCUGGGGCAGCAGUUAGAGGAGGUUCCUUCUUCAUCUUCCUCCGCUGAGAUUCAACCUCUACCCUCAGGAACCUGUGCCCCAGAGCCAGCGGGCCUCUCGAAAACGACUGAAGCCCCAGAGCCAAAGGGUGUCAAGGGCAUCAAAGGUACAACUCCUGAGCAGAGCCAACAGACCUACAACCACCGCAACCCCUACAACAGCGGUGGGCAGCGUCCCUCAGGACUGACGUAUGCUGGUCUGCCGCCUGUGGGGCGUGGCGAUGACAUUGCCCACCACUGCUGCUGCCUGCCUUGCUGCUCUUGCUGCCACUGCCCACGAUUCUGCCGUUGUCACAGCUGUUGCUGUGUUGUCUCCUAGCCUGACUAUCCAACCUCCAGGGCUGGGGGGCCCGGGCCUCUGCUCAGUGCCAAAGUGGUGCUGGACAUCAGGAGCAGCCAUUGUCAUGGGCAUCUGGGGAGCGGUCCACCAGGAAGGCCCAGCAAGUGCCCUCUGGGAUACGGUCCCAGCCACUAGCCAUGUUGGCAGCAAUAGGAACACCCUUCACUUCUUGCAAGACUUUGGCAAUA